GUCCGAAUCUCAGUUCCGGGUCGGAUUUGUUUUUGUGUGACACAUUGUACAUGGCUGUCACAUUACAUGUUUCUAGCUUGUGUAACUUUCAGUAAUUUCUGCUCGCUGUACAGUUUGAUGUGAUGUCAGACAAGCGUCAGCGCGCCAGAGUCCAGGGCUCCUGGGCCAAACCACUACCCAAACACUCAGGACCAGCAGCUGCUGUCCCAAAGAACCAGCAGCCUAGAAAUGCCCAAACAGCUCCUGCUUCUUGGGGAUGUGGGCCACCGAAAACCCAGAAUACUUUUGAGUUUCACCAGCCUUCAAAGUCAGUCAGAGAAGUUCCUCCAGAGAAGGUGAUAGAGAAGGCAGGGGAUCAUGAGAUCAGCUACGGACCUUCAGGAGUGUCCAGCCUGCAGCUGCUGCCUGGGUUUCUCCCCCCUGAAGAGGCUGACUGGAUGUUCAGUAAGCUGCUCGCAGAACUUCCCUGGUCCCAGAAGACAAACUUCAGACAGGGUGAGGCGUACGAUGAGCCCAGGCUGACCUGCUGGUACGGAGAGCUGCCUUAUACGUACGCUCGCUCCACCAUGGCUCCAAACACACAGUGGCAUCCAUUACUCUUAACCCUUCGUGAGGCCAUUGAGCAGGCGACAGGAUGCAACUUCAACUCCCUGCUGUGUAACCUUUACCGGGACGGUCAUGACAGCAUCGGCUGGCACAGUGAUGACGAGGCGUCCUUAGGUGACAAGCCCAACAUCGCCUCCCUCAGUCUGGGGGACACCCGAGUGUUCAGCCUCCGCAAGCAGCCUGCACCGGAGGAAAAUGGAGACUUCACUUACGUGGAGCGGAUCCGGGUUCCUUUGGGUCACGGGACGCUUCUGCUGAUGUCAGGAGCCACACAAGACGACUGGCAGCAUCAAGUGGCCAAAGAGUACCACGACCGAGGCCCGCGAAUAAACCUGACCUUCAGGACUAUUCACCCGGAGCCAGAGGGCCACAGAGCGGGGACCAAGCUGAGAUUCACAGCCGAGCAACCGUAAAGAAAAUCCAGAGAGUCAGGCACUUAGGACUGAGGAAGCGUGUGCUGCUGUUCAGAUACAGUGUCAGAGAAGCUCACGAGUAGAAUGACAGCUGCUCUAUCCUCUGACUUUAUUUGUUAUUUAUGAAAGUUCUUUACGUUCAUGACGGAUUCUAAGUGAAUAAAACUGUUGUUAGAGUGCCAAACUUUCAUCUGACUUCAUGAAAAGUGUUAUCGUUAAGUGUGUCACUGUACAGAGGGGGACUGUUGGCAGUUAAAUGCUGUAAAGUUGGAAUGAAUCCCCGCCUUGUUGACUUUAGGGAGCUCUUUAAAGAAAGCAUGGUUUCUGUUAAAAGGUAAGAUUCAGGUAAAACGGACACUUAAGACGAUUACAGCUCCGUCAGACUGGAGUCAGUUAAUGCUCCUGUUGAGUACGAGGUGGUCUGACCGGUCCUUAAAGGAGUCAUUCAGUUUCAGAGCCUCUGAGUCCUCAGGACGUCCAGAGUGCAUGGUUCAGGGUCUGUUUGUUUGUUUGUUUGUUUGUUUGUUUGUUAAAGAAGUAAAAAAAAGUUGCAAUUUCAACUAAUCAAUGAAAAAUCCUGUUUAAGAAAAUGAUUAUUGGAGAAAGACAGGAUGUAUGAUGAAGGUCUAAAGGGAUAAACACUACCUCACAGUCCCACAUGUGCUGUUUGUUACACAGUAAAGAUGAAGUAGUGUUUUGGAUUAAUGUGGAGUUUAAAUAAACUGUUACUUCUUUUAA